AUGUCCUGUAUAGUGCGUGCCCUCGUCAAGGCGGUAGCGUUGCCUGUAAAGUUGACGGCGAAGGUUUUAGGAAAAGUAAGCAGAGCAGCAGCCAAGGCGGGGAUCGGCCUGAGAACACAAACAUGCCGCAACCGUGACAGGCACAGAGCACGGCACGGUCACUCACCCAGGCUUCGAGACGGGAAUGGCCGUCAAAAACUCAACAGCAGCAACCGGAAGAAAGGCAGCGAGGGAAGGGCGACGAAGCCUAUUCUUGUAAACAAGAAAAUGUCGGCAGUGUCACAAGAGAAACAUGGCGAUGGGCCAGAAAAACAGUCGAUGGCAAAACUGGAAAGUAAGGGGGAAAAGUCCAAACCCGGUUCUCAAGCAUUUGCAGAAAUUCUCACAAAGGAAAUGCAUGCAACCCGAGAAGAUCCCCAAACCAGAGGGGAAAAUGAAGCCGAUAUUACACGUCCGCACAAAACAAAGUGGCAAAAAAAGAAUCCAAAUGCAAAUCUCCCUUCGCACCGAAGCAAAGGCAGGGAACCGGCGCAUUCAAAUGAAGAUGCAAGACAUGUUUCUGGAUUCAACAGCGCACAAGGCAUCAAGCACAAAGAGCAUCAGAACGCGAAAUUGCAUGAACAACCAGAGAAGAGGCCCAAGAAAAAGCCGGGAGCCGUUGUGCAAGAAUACGCCUUAUCUGAGGCGCAUUUGCUUCAUGGGCAAGCGAGCCUGCAAGACAAACAUUUAGCUAAAGGAACCAGAGGCCAAGAUAAGGAGCAUGGUGAAGAACUUUUUGGGGUUGCGAGAGGAGAGCGGUCUUCAGAGGAGAAAAACCGCAAGGACCCAGCAGGCAUGCCUAAGGUGGCCCAAGAGAUGGAAUGCUCCAUAAAAGACGGUAGUUCAAAGCAACGCACUGCGCGGUGGCAGGAGAAAAGGCAGUCAGAAGAUGGCAAGCCGCCUACAAGAAUGGAUGCUACAAAAUGCAUGGACUCACCACCAGCUGAAGUGACGGAAGAAAGUCAAAAGAAUAGGAGCCAUACGCAGAGUUUCGACGCAGGAAAAAACAUAGUGGGCAGGCGUACGGCAGAGGCGAGAAGGGCAGAAGUUUCAAAAAGCUCCAGGAAGCAUCUACAAUGCGAAAAACCCACUUCAAAUCAACUUCCCGGGACCGACGGGGAGCUGGAGAAAGACGCCGUUUUUGUACAAUGCAACAGUGCAACAAGACUGCCAGCAGCAGCCAGGGCAACUGACCCAAUCUCCAGCAGCGACAAGAAAACAAAAUGCCAGCAGAUUGUCAACGAGCGUCUAGCUGAGAUUAGGUCUGCUGAACAAAGCUUCACAUUUGGUUGCCAAAACUGCGACUCUGACUUCUGCGAAGACAAGCAGCUGACAGAUCAAACAACGCUGUUCGGCAUCGAAUGCAGGCUUCUUCCCGAGUCUGCUUGUUCAGCAGAGUGGAAACGUUUUGCAUGA